CCACGCCGCACCGAAAAUAUGGUUCUCUAGUCUAGGCUUAGGCGCUGCAGUGUAGGCUAGCGGUAAAUCAGAGGUGGAAAGCACAGACCUAGAUCUAAAGAUCUAGAUUAAAUAUUUGACUACCGAUUGUUCUUGUGUUUCCAUGAUCCUUAAAAAGGACUAAAAUGAGUGAGGACUCAAUUUAUUCCCAACAGCAGCAUAUGAUGUCCCCAAUGGCAAAUCGUGGAAAACAAAUGCAAGGUGCCAUGGGACAAAACAUGCAUCCUAAUAUGGGGGGCCCUGGGCAGCAAGGCAUGCCUAUGCCUAAUCAAGGGCCUGGAUUGACCGGAAUGUCACCUGGACAUCAAAUGAUGCAGAGUGGGCCAGGACCUAACAUGGGGCCUGGUGGUCCCAAUACAAAUAUUGGUAGUAAUCAAAACAUGCCAAUGGGUAGCCUCGGCCAGAACGCUAUAGGUGGAAGUUUAGGGGGCCAUGGAUCUCCAGGGAUACAGAUGAACAAUACUAUCCCUCCAUCUUCUAUUGGUGUUAUGUCUAAUUCUAUUGGAGGUAUACCUAUGCAAGGAAUACAGGAUAACACAAUGCCUAAUGCUUCAAUGGGCAAUAUGCCUCCAUCUGGAUCAGCCAUGCCAAUGCAAGGUCAUGGUCAGCCUCCACAAAGUUUGGUUUCAGGACAGAUGCAAAGUCAAGGAAUGGGUGGCCCAGUUCAAGGAAUGCCACCAGCAAUGCCAGGAAGUAGUUCCAGUCCUAAUCUUUCUGGUUCUCAGAUGGCAGGUGGUGCCAUGGGGCCCCCCAAUCAAAGUGUUGAUCCAAGCACUAGUCAGAAUCAACCAGGAAUGCCUGGUGGUCCUCCAGGUCCUCCUAGACAAACAUUUAAUCAGGCACAGCUUCAUCAGUUACGUGCACAGAUUAAAGCUUAUAAACUUCUUUCUUGCAAUGCUCCAAUUCCUGACACUUUGCGAAUGGCAAUAGAGGGUAAACGGCCUAUGGCACCUUUCCCAGGUAGACCAGAUGGGGACCCACUUCAAAUGCAAAAGAUUCGUAUGAUGCAGCCGGGUGGUCAUCCACAGCAACCUCCACAGCAACACAUGCAGCAACAAAUGGGACAGGGUCGAGGACAUAAUGUUGGCAUGCAAGGGCCACCACCACCUCAGCAAGAUCCUUCUCAACAGCGUAUGCUAGGACCCCCACACCAACAGCAGAUGCAGCCUCAACAAAUAGGAGUUGUUGGUCAGCAGCAAGCAAUGCAGCAACAACAACAAUCUCAAGUUCUGGCAAAUCUCAAUAAGCAAAAUAAAAUUGCUCCAGUGUCCAAACCACAAGGAUUAGAUCCCCUUGAAUUAUUAAAAGAAAGGGAAAAUAGAGUUGGUGCAAGGAUAGCUCAUCGUAUACAAGAACUGUCGAAAAUGCCAGCAACUAUGCCAGAAGAUAUGAAACUCAAAGGCAUGAUUGAGCUUAGAGCAUUGCGUCUACUGAAUUUCCAAAGAUCUCUGCGAGCUGAAGUGAUUUCAACCAUGCGGAAAGAUACAACAUUGGAGACAGCCUUAAAUCCAAAGGCAUACAAACGCAGUAAGCGCCAGUCUCUGCGGGAAGCCAGAGUGACAGAAAAACUUGAAAAACAACAAAAAAUGGAACAGGAUAGAAAAAAACGCCAAAAGCACCAGGAAUAUUUGAAUGCUGUUUUACAACACGCUAAAGAUUUUAAAGAUUUUCAUCGAAAUGUUGUGGCCAAAAUUGGUAAACUCAACAGAGCUGUUAUCACAUUUCAUACUAACACUGAAAGAGAACAGAAGAAAGAACAGGAAAGAAUUGAGAAGGAACGUAUGAGGAGACUGAUGGCUGAAGAUGAGGAAGGCUACAGAAAGCUUAUUGAUCAAAAGAAAGAUAAGCGUUUAGCCUAUCUUUUGUCCCAGACAGAUGAAUAUGUUAACAGUUUGGCUACUCUUGUCAAAGAACAUAAAGAAGAACAAAGGAAAAAGAAACAAAAGAAGAGAAAGAAGAAGAGUUCUGAAGAUGAUACUACUCUAGGAGAGAAAAGAGUGAAGGUGAUGGAUCCUGAAACUGGAACAGUUCUAUCAGGCGAUCAGGCUCCUUUAGCUAGUCAAUUGGAGGCUUGGCUAGAGAUGAAUCCUAACUUUCAAGUUGCACCUAAGGAUGAUGAGGAAGAAGAAGAAGAGGAUGAUGAUGAAAGUGGUGAAGAUGAAGAAGAACCAGAACAAGAAAUUGAAGCCCAAGAAGAAAACCAAAGUCAUGCUGAUGAUGAUGGUGAACAAAAUUACUACACACUUGCUCACACUAUUAAAGAGAAAAUCACAGAGCAAGCUUCCAUCUUAAUUAAUGGAAAAUUAAAAGAAUAUCAGUUGAAAGGUCUGGAAUGGCUUGUUUCACUUUACAACAACAAUCUUAAUGGAAUCCUGGCUGAUGAAAUGGGUUUAGGUAAAACUAUCCAGACUAUUGCUCUUAUCACCUAUCUAAUGGAAAGAAAACAUGUCAAUGGGCCAUUUUUAAUUAUUGUCCCUCUCUCAACUUUGUCUAACUGGAUGAUGGAAUUUGAUAAAUGGGCGCCUUCGGUUGUGAAAAUUCCAUACAAAGGUUCUCCUAAUGUGAGACGUACUCUAGCUCCUCAGCUCAAGUCAACAAAAUUCAAUGUACUUUUGACUACUUAUGAGUACAUCAUUAAAGAUAAAGCUACUCUUUCUAAGAUACGUUGGAAAUACAUGAUCAUUGAUGAGGGUCACAGAAUGAAGAAUCACCACUGCAAGCUCACUGUCAUUCUUAACACGUACUACAAUGCUCCAAACAGGCUUCUGCUCACUGGAACACCUCUACAAAACAAGCUUCCAGAAUUGUGGGCUCUGCUUAACUUCUUGCUGCCAUCCAUCUUCAAAGCCUGUGCCACUUUUGAACAAUGGUUCAAUGCACCCUUUGCAAUGACAGGUGAAAAGGUAGAGUUGAAUCAGGAAGAAACAUUGUUGAUCAUUCGACGUUUACAUAAAGUGUUGAGGCCUUUCUUGUUGAGGCGCCUCAAAAAAGAAGUUGAAUCUCAAUUACCAGAAAAGGUUGAGUAUGUGAUCAAAUGCGACAUGUCAGCACUCCAGAGAUUAAUUUAUAAUCACAUGCAGUCCAGGGGUGUUCUUCUUACUGAUGGUUCAGAAAAAGAUAAAAAGGGCAAAGCUGGCACUAAGACACUUAUGAACACUAUCAUGCAGUUGAGAAAGAUUUGUAAUCAUCCCUUUAUGUUUCAACAUAUUGAGGAAGCUAUUGCUGACCACUUGGGAAUUCAUGGCAGUAUCAGCGGGCCUGAACUUUACCGUUCUUCUGGAAAAUUUGAGCUACUAGAUAGAAUACUUCCUAAGCUGAAACAAACAAAUCACAAAGUUCUGUUGUUUUGUCAAAUGACAUCAUUGAUGAGUAUCAUGGAGGACUACUUUGUUUAUAGAGGAUUCCGCUACCUUCGUCUGGAUGGAACCACAAAAUCAGAAGACAGAGGCCAGCUAUUAAAUAUGUUCAAUUCUAAAGAUUCUCCAUACUUUAUCUUCCUGCUUAGUACACGAGCUGGUGGUUUGGGUCUUAACUUGCAGACUGCUGAUACUGUGGUCAUAUUUGAUUCAGAUUGGAAUCCUCAUCAGGAUCUACAAGCACAGGACAGAGCUCAUCGUAUUGGCCAGAAGAAUGAAGUCAGAGUUCUAAGACUUAUGACUGUCAAUUCUGUUGAAGAACGCAUUCAAGCUGCAGCCAGAUAUAAACUGAAUGUUGACUCAAAGGUCAUCCAGGCUGGUAUGUUUGACAAUAAAUCCACUACAUCUGAGAGAAAACAGUUUUUGCAAGCUUUGCUCACCCAAGAAGCUGAUGAAGAUGAGGAGGAAGAUGAGUUUCCAGAUGAUGAGACUAUAAAUCAAAUGAUUGCCAGGACAGAAGAUGAGUUUGAAUUGUUCCAACGAAUGGACAUUGAACGCAGAAGGUCAGAAGCCAGAGAUGGCAAUCGCAAACCUCGCUUAAUGGAAGAAGGUGAACUUCCAUUAUGGAUUGUUAAAGAUGACAAAGAAGUAGAGAGGCUUACAAUGGAAGAUGAAGAAGAUAAAUUAUUUGGUAGAGGAAAUCGGGCUCGUAAAGAAGUAGAUUAUUCUGAUUCAUUGACUGAAAAACAAUGGCUCAGGGCUAUUGAAGAUGGAAAUUUAGAUGAAGUUGUUGAAGAAGUUUCUAAAAAACCAAAGAAACCAAAAAAGCGAAAGUCAGAGGCUGCCACACCAAGUAGCAGUAGAAAAAAACAAAUUGACCCACUUGAUGAUGAGCCUAAAGAAAAAAAGAGGCGUGGCCGUCCACCAUUGGAGAAGCAGCUGCCAAAUCCCCCAGCCAUUACGAAAGUAAUGAGGAAACUCUACAACAUUGUAGUCAACUAUAAAGACAAUGAUGGGAGGGUGCUGAGCACAAUGUUUAUGCGGCUGCCAUCACGCAAGGCUGCACCAGAAUACUAUGAAAUCAUUCCCAACCCCUUGGACUUCAAGAAAAUUAGUACCCGUAUUUCCACACAUCGCUAUCGUACUCUGGAUGAGCUUGAAGCAGACAUUAUAGAGCUAUGUCAGAAUGCUCAAAGUUUCAAUAUGGAGGGUUCUGUUAUAUAUGAAGAUUCAAUCGUUCUACAAUCAGUUUGUACAAAUGCUAGGGAGAAACUUGAAAAAGACAUGGCUAAAGGCAAACAAGAGGAUUCUUCAACAGAAGAAGAAAACAAUAGUGAAGAAGAUGAGAAAGAAGAAGAAAGUGAAGAAGAUUGUGAUGAUGAAGACAGUCAGGCUCCUCGUUCUAGAAAAAAGAAGGAAGGUGGAGGCAAGAAAUCUAAAGAAGCUGAAAAACCUCGUAAAAAUGCUAAGAGAAGAGCUUCUGUUAAAGUGAGACAUCCUAUAAUAAGUGAUGAAGAAAGUGAAGAAGAGAAGGUCUGAGUGUGAUCCUUCAAAUUUUGGCAUUGUAUUUGUGGAUGAAGAUGAUGAUCGGAGACCUUCAUCAAGAUGCUCUUCAAGAUUAUCAUCUGCCAGCAGCAGUAAAAAACAUUAACUUUGCAGAGAUUCUAGGACCAAUUGAGCUUAGAAUGACAAUGUACAUGAACUUAAGUGUUGUUUUGUGUGUGUACAUUACUUGUGUUAUAUUUUUAGUUGUUUAGUUAUUAUAUAUAUACUGGUAUAUAUUAGAUAUGUUGUUACAUUAUUUGUAUUGUGCUUAUUAAAUACAAAUGUAAUGUUUCCACAUGAUUUUCAAUGUAAAUGAAUUUUAUAUAAUACCUUAAAGGCAUUUAAAAAGGAGUCCUUUGUUCUUUUAGUUAUAACCAUUUAAAAUAAAACAAAAUCUAAGAGGCA